CCGUGCUCUAGGGUUCAUUCCUCCGCGCCGCCACCUCCUCCCGCUUCCUACCACCAUCUUCCCCGGCCACCGGCGGCGGCGACAAUGGUGCAGGGACGCCAGGGCCAGCGCGUCAGGCUCUACGUGCGGGGCACCAUCCUGGGCUACAAGAGGUCCAAGUCGAACCAGUACGAGAGCACGUCGCUGCUGCAGGUGGAGGGGGUGAACACCAAGGAGGACGUGUCGUACUACGCCGGCAAGCGCAUCGCCUACGUCUACAAGGCCAAGACCAAGAGCAGCGGCACCGCCGUCCGCUGCAUCUGGGGCAAGGUCACGCGCCCCCACGGCAACUCCGGCGUCGUGCGCGCGCAGUUCCGCUCCAACCUCCCCGCCACCUCCAUGGGCAAGAAGGUCCGCGUCUUCAUGUACCCCAGCAGCACCUGAAGGCUAUGUUGCCUAUUCUAUUUAGUUGUAGCUGGCUUUGUGGAUGUCUGUUAUCAGUUUGAUGACAGGUUUAUAACCAAAGAUUUUGUCGGUGAUUUUGGAAGAGUUUAGUUACAGACUGUUUUCUCAACCCUUUGUUUGAUGAGCUUAGUUGAGUGUCUUCUGUCCUGAAUCUCGAUGUCUAUUACUCCUUGGGCCAUGGUCUGUUGUACAAGACAUGGUCAGUUUUUGGACGCACCGUUAACCGAUUUUAUCAUCAAACUUCUCAA